AGCCGUACAUUAGUUGCAGUUCAGCCUUCAAUCAAUUGUUGUAAAUCGUGGUUCAAUAUAAAUUGCUAUAAUGUGAUCAAAUCGAUCUUUCAUUAUCGUUCGAUGAAAACGAUUUCGUGUUGUUAUUUGUUUUUUGGUUUAUUAGUCAUUAGUUCAUUAUGCUACUAUCGUUAUUCAGUUAUUCUUAAAUCUUGAUUUUGUACAUUAGUUCUCGAAUUUAACCGAUAUUUUACUUAUCUCUUGGUUAUUAAUAUUUCAUACAGGAUCACCGGUCAACCGAAAAGAUGUAAAAUUGUGUUUUAUUUAGACGAAGUAAUCUUAUAUUGUUAAAAUGUGGGUGAACCCCAAGGAAGUGUUAAUCCCCAACGCUCUUUGGCAAAAUGAAAAAAUAAGUGUAUACUUUGUGUUACAACACCGCGUCGGUCAUGGACAGGGGAAUAAAUUAUCUUCAUUAUUAGUUGGAACAUUUGAUAGUCUUUUUGAAACCAAACCUAGUCCUUACAGGAUCUUACAUCAAACAUCAAAAUCAGAAGUGUAUUAUGAAAUAGCUUGUGCAUUAACUGAAUCAGAUAUUAUAAAAGAUUGGGAAUGGCUGGAAAAUAACUUGGAUCUCAAAAUAUUCGAGAAUGAAGAUGAUGUCACUGAUUUUGUUUGCUGUAAAAUUAAAAGCUUAGUAGCAACUAAUAUAUCUGAGACACCAGACGAAGAAAAUUCUGAAUCAUUUAAAGAUGCAUCUAUAAAAUUUCAUCGUCUGUUCAAUGUGUCACGUGAUACCACUCUAGUUUGUUAUUAUUCUUGCAGCUAUUUGAAAAAGAAUAUCCCUCGUCGAGGUUGGCUUUAUUUGUCUGUAGAAUAUUUAUGUUUUUAUUCAUAUUUGUUGGGAAUAGAAGAUAAAAUAGUUGUAAGAUGGACCGAUGUAAUUAAUUUGGAUAAAAAUAAUGGUAUGUUAACAGAUACAAUUAAAGUGACAACAAGAGACAAAAGAGAAUAUAAAUUUUUUAUGUUUCUACAUUCAUCGGAUACAUAUGAUUUAAUGAAGCAAUUAGUUAAUCUAGCAAUGAAAGGAAUUAUUAAUGAUGUGUGGUUCAAUAAAGAUCAUAAUCUUCUUCUUAAAGUCAAUAAGUAUGUUCCUAAAAGACAGUCUUUUGUGAAACGUGACUUAGAUGCAAGAGCAUUGUCUGAAACAUAUCGGCUUCUAUUUCGAUUACCCUUAAAUGAAAAACUAGAUGGAAUUACUAAUGCUACAUUGAAUACAUACAAUAAAAAACAUGUGUUUGGACAAGUAUACUUAUCUCAAAACUUUUUGUGUUUUAAUAGUAAAACAAAGGAUCCAUUGAAUGUGAUUAUUCCAUUAUGUGAUGUAUCGCAAGUUGAGAAAUUAGAACCUAUACCUAAUGAUACGUCAUUUGAUAAUGCCAUUAUAAUAACUUUAAAACAAACAAAUGAUAAUAAAAAACCUCCAUUUUUCAUAUUUUCACAAAUUAUAGAAAGAGAAUUUUUCUUAAAAAAUAUAUCUGACUUUUUAGGCAGUUUAAAAACAAGAUCAAUUUCUAAAUUGCAAGUGGUUGAUUCAAUAUCAGAUAACGAAAUAAAACAACCAUUGAGAUUUACUUUUCGAAUGAAAGAGCAGGACAAUGCUAUUAUCAAAAUCAAACAACGAACUAAGGAAGUUAAAUGGGAAAUAUACUUCAAAGAGCAUGGAGACAGUAUUUCGAUGUAUAGAACAAAAGAAUUAGUUAAAUUGGUUUUAGAGGGCAUACCAGAAUCGUUGAGAUCAAAUCUUUGGCUAAAAUUUUCUGGUGCUUACCAUGAUAUGGUGGCAAAUCCAGGACUAUACAAUGAAUUAGUAAAUAUUGCUUCUACAACUAAAUCUAUAUCUCAUGAUGAAAUCGAACGAGAUUUACAUAGAUCAUUACCUGAACAUCCAGCUUUCCAAUCUGAAAUUGGUAUUAAUGCAUUGCGUAGAGUCCUUACAGCCUACGCAACAAAAAAUCCUCAAAUUGGUUACUGCCAGGCCAUGAAUAUCAUUGCAUCUGUGUUGUUAAUUUAUUGUACAGAAGAAGAAGCGUUUUGGCAGUUGGCCUGCAUUUGUGAAAAUAUGUUACCAGAUUAUUAUAACAACAAAGUAGUAGGAGCUUUAGUUGACCAAGGAGUUAUGGAUAAUCUUAUAGCAAAUCAUUUACCAUUUAUUUAUGAUAUUUUGUCUAGACUUGGUUUGAUUCAAAUGAUAUCAUUAUCUUGGUUUCUUACAAUAUUUCUCAGUGUGAUGCCAUAUCAAAGCGCAAUUCACAUUGUUGAUUGGUUUUUCUUUGAUGGAGCUAAAGUCAUAUUUCAAGUGGCUUUAUCUAUUUUAGAAAUGAAUCAAAAACGAUUGGCUUGUUGUCGUGAUGAUGGUGAAGCCAUGCAAACUUUGUGCAAUUAUUUAUCAGGAAUCUAUAACGAAGAAUUUGAGCAAAGUGAAUUAUAUAAAGAUGGUGAUAAAAUAAAUAAGAGUGUGUCAGUUCAAGAAUUAAUAGACAAUGGAUACAAAAAAUUUAGAUCUGUUAAUAGUAAAACUAUUGAAAAUCUUCGUGUCAUGAAUAGACUUAAGGUGGUUCAAUCAUUGGAAGAUGGAAAUGAAAAAAACAUAGUCAGGUCAUUAGUCUCAGAUAAUUAUUUUUUACCAGAUGAAUUGAUGAAUUUGCUAAGAUUUGUUAGAGAAGAAGUAGUUUCUAUGCAUAAAAGAACUCCCGUUCAACCACUCAAAGCAGAAACACCUAUGGAACCUUAUGAAUCUUAUAGAAUUGACUUUCAUCUAUUUGAAAUCAUGUUUAUGGCAAUUUCCCCCUUAGCUAAAAAUAAUAGUGUUAAUAAUUUGGCAGUUCGGCUAUUUAAGUUGAUGGACAAAAAUGAUGAUGGGUUCUUAAACUUCCGUGAGUUAACAGAAGCAUUAGGCUUAACAUCUACUGUUGAUGUAUCUAUAAGGCUAAAAAUUCUUUAUUUACUACAUUUAUCACCACUUCUUUCAAAUGAUUUACUGUCUGCAACUGAACCAAAUAUUUCUGAAAGUGGAGCUGAAUAUGCCUCUGAUGCUGCUGAAUAUUUUAGUGCUGAUAUUUCAAGUGGUAUAAUUUGUGAAUCAAACUUAAAUGAUUUAAAAACACUAAGAAGUAUUACUAAUUGGAAACAUUCUACAACUUAUUUACCAACCAUGUCUGAAGAACGUUUUGUUGCAUUGUGUAAAACUAUGUAUAAUCUCAUUGAAAAUUCACCUAGAGACCAAGAAAUGCAUAAUAACAUAUCGAAAAUAAGUGCUAUUUUAUUAGAACUUGGAAAUUUAAAUAAAGAAGAGUCAAAUAAAUUUGAAAAUAGAAAUGACAGUGAAUGGUUUAUAAAUGCAGAACAAUUUGUUGCUACUGCAUUGACAGUACAAAAACUGGUCGAGUUUAUUGGUGUAAGAGGUAAUGUCUUACAAGCUCUACACAAAUUGAGAAAUAAUUAAAUAUUUGAAUGUGAUAAUAUUAUUUUUAUAACUAUUAAUCAAUCAUACAAUAUGCAUAAUUGUUGUUAUUUAUACUUUUGACAAAAUCAAUGCAAUAGCAGGGUU